UAGGUGUUUUUCAUGAAGUCCUUAGGUCACAGAUGGGAGGAGAUGGUAGGAAGUCUUGCGUGAAUAUCACUUUACGUGAUGUUGAAGGAAACGUGAUUGAGGUUGUGUUAUGGGAUGAUUACUGCAAGCAAUUCUCGACCUACAAUACCUCUGGCACACAGAAAAAAAGUCCUACAAUCAUUGUCUUGACACAUGCAUGGUGCAAGCCAAACAAAGUUUCUGGUUUACCAUCUCUCUCUAAUGCUUGGAAUGGUUCUCGACUCCUCAUCAACUUGGAACAUCCACAAGUGGAAGAAUUCAAAGCUAGCUAUGUUGCAAAUGAUUCAUCCAAUGCCCCUGCGCUUUCCUUGUCUUUAACCUGUGAUUCAUCUCUUCAAUCGGCUAACAAGAAUUGGAAGAGUCUCGACGAGGUCCAAAGUAUCCGUGCAAUUGUUGAGUUAAAAAAGGAUUGUUAUGCAACCACUAUUGGAACUACAAAGUAUUUCAAAGCUUCCAAGUUUGGCUGGUUUUUUGAAGCAUGCCCAGGCUGUAAAGCUUCUAACAAGUCACUCGGCGAAACGUUUCAAUGUUCGUGCGGAAUUUCCAAUGUUGAACCAGUGACUAAAUUCAAAAUUGAGGUCGAGGUUGUGUAUGAAAACUACGGUGGUACUUUUGUUUUUUGGGACAAGGAUGUUAUUCCUUACACAAAAUUGAAUGCGAAGGAACUGAAACAACUUAUGAAGGAGGCUGGAGAGGAUAACCCGAAGAUUUGGCCUGCACAUCUCGAUGUACUUUUGAAUAAAGACUUGGUCUUCCGCGUCAAAUAUCAAUCUGAUUUCGGUCAAUUCUCUAUUGUCACUAUACUUAACGAUGACAACUUAUACGAGAAGUUUGACAACUACCUCACACCUAAUGAGAAUUUGAUACAACCAACAAAUAACCAAUCUGAGGAAUUCUUGCAGCAAGAAUCAAUGGAAGCUGUUAAAGAAAUUCCGGCAAAUGGUCUUACUGAGGAACCUAUCCAACCUAAUGUAAGCCAUUUACUACAACAUCUCAGCCUUUAA